GACCCCAGGCAGGGAGUCCCCGUUCGGCGGGGGGGUGGGGCGGUGCCCGGUGUGACCCGGCCCCCCCGGGUGGGGCCGCGGAGCCGCCGUGAGGCGGUGCCUGUCCCGGCCCGUCCCGUCCCGCAGCGCCGCGGCCGCAGCCCCGCCAGCAGCAGGUGCCCAGGGAAUACCAGGGAGCCGGCAUGGCACAGCCCAGUGCACCGCCCCCCUACGAUGACAAGAACCCCCUCUACCCCCAGCCCGCAGGCGGGUACCCCCAGCCCCCCCACUACUCUGGGGGGUACCCGCAGCCUGGGGGGUACCCUGCAGCAGGGGGGUACCCUGCAGCAGGGGGGUACAUGCAGCCAGGGGGGUACCCCCAGCCAGGGAUGGCCAUGCCCACUAUGCCUAUUCGGUUCGGUGAGGAUGGCAUCGGGGAUGGCUCCCCCUUCCAAUCGUCUGACUGGGAUGACAGGAAAGUCCGGCACACCUUCAUCCGCAAGGUCUACGCCAUCAUCUCCCUGCAGCUGCUGGUGACAGCAGGGAUCAUCGCCAUGUUCACCUUUGUCUCCCCUGUCCGCUCCUUCGUCCGGAAGAACAUUGCCAUCUACUACGCCUCGUAUGCCGUGUUCCUGGUGACCUACCUGGUGCUGGCCUGCUGCCAGGGUCCCCGGAGACGCUUCCCCUGGAACAUCAUCCUGCUGAGCAUCUUUACACUGGCCAUGGGGCUGAUGACAGGGACGAUUGCCAGCGUGUACGACACCAAAGCUGUCCUGAUUGCCAUGCUCAUCACAGCCAUCGUGGCCAUCAUUGUCACCAUCUUCUGCUUCCAGACCAAGGUUGAUUUUACAUCAUGUCCAGGGCUCUUCUGCGUGCUGGGUAUUGUGGUCAUGGUGACCGGGAUCAUCACUGCCAUCGUCCUUUCCUUCAACUAUGUCCCAUGGCUCCAUAUGCUGUAUGCAGCCAUCGGCGCCAUCGCCUUCACCCUGUUCCUUGCCUAUGACACCCAACUUGUGCUGGGGAACAGGAAGAACACGCUGAGCCCUGAGGAGUACGUCUUUGGCGCCCUCACCAUCUACACUGACAUUGUCUACAUCUUCACCUUCAUCCUGCAGAUCGUGGGCCGGGAUUAGCCCCGGGACCCCUCCUGUACCCUCACCCUGCUGCCCCUCAUCCCCUCCUCCGGCCUCUGUACAGGAUGUGGCCACUUACUCCUAACGCUUUGGCAUCCCUACCAAUAGGCUGCUAAGGAAAGGGCUUCCCUUGAUCACCCCUCCACAAGCCUCCAAGGGUGGUAGGGGAAACUGGCCACUGGUGUUUGGGCAGUGCCCAGCCUCAACACUGCUCACCGAGGCUAUGCUGAGCUGGCAGUGCAGCGCCAUGGUCCUGCCUGGGCACAGGGAGCUGACAGUGGCUGCUGGGAUCACGUUGGGACUUUUUCGGCAGUGCCUGGUCCAUGUCAUUCACUUCGUGCCUUAAAUGCAGCUCUGGCUGUCCCCGAGUUGGGGCAGUGCCUGGUUUGGGUGGGGGCAGCCGGGGCCCCCGUGGCGGGACUUGUAGCAGAGCUCACGUUGCAGAGGCUGGGCAGCCACGAACGUGGGAAAAAAUGCACUUGCUAAAUAAAACACUUUAAUUUUCCAGACAG